AUGAUGAACUACGGUGGUCACCAAUUUCACCCUCAACAGCCGCAGCAGUCUCAGCAACAACAACAUCAAGGUGUUCAGCCCCAACAUCCGUUGGGUCCACAGCCUCAACGCCAGCAUGCCCAAUCGCCCUUACUAGGUGCGGGGCCGCCGCUGCCACAGCAUGGCAGUCCCUUCCCGGGCAACAAGCCAAUUUUUCGGGGCCAACCUCAGCAGAACUUCGCUGCGUCGCAAUCUCCAGAUAUGCGUAAGAUGACCCCGACAUCGGGGUCAUUGGGUGGCUACCCCACUAGCAGCAGUUAUGGCCAAUUCCCGGGGCAAUUUACGGCGCAGAGCUCCCCGGAUCUUAUGUCUCGCAACCCAGACCCUAUGGCGCUGCAGAACCUGCAGCGUGGGUUUAAUCCAAUGGCCCACCUUCGGCCGCAGCCAGGGACAACUGGCCUCACUCAUGGACACCCCAUGAGUGUUCCUUCGCCACAGCAGGCGAUGAACAGACUACCUCACGCAGGCAUGCAACAGAGGGAUAACCAUACCUCUGCUAGUCCGUCUAUGGCUAGCCCGUCUAUGUUUGCUUUAAAUCAACAGCGACAGGCACAGCCGCAGUCACAGCCGCAGUCACCUCAGCAAACACACCAACAGCUGCAACAGCAGAUCCAACAGCAGCAGUUCCAGCAGCAACGACUAGAGCAGCAGCAAAGAAUGGAACAGCAAAGGAUGGAGCAGCAAAAGCAAAUCCAGCAGCAGCGCUUGGAACAGCAGCAGCGGCUUGAGCAACAGAAGGAAUUGGAGCAGCAAAAGCUAGACGAGCAAAAGAUGUUGGAGCAGCACCAGCAGCAACAACGCCUAGAGCAACAGAGGCUCGAGCAACAGAAACAGCAUCAGCAACGGCUGGAACAGCAGCGGCUUGAGCACCAGCAGAAGCAGCAACUGGACCAGCAGAGAUUGCAAAAAUUGCAGCACCAAAGUCAGGCGCACAACCCGUACCAACAACAAUCACCGUUUUCCCAACACACUCAGCCUCCAUUCCACCCAUCUCAAUAUCAGCACCACCAAGUUCAAUCGCAACAUCAGUACGCCCCACACCAGACGCAAUUUUCUCAGCCGCAGCAGACCCAAUUUCAACCAUCUCCGCACCAGGCUCAGUUCCAGCAUUACCAGGGACCACACUCAGCUGCCGUGUCUUCAUCGCAGCCAGCUGCACCGGUUAUCUCUGCAGUCACUGAAAGUCCGGUCAUACAGCCUGACGAGUCGAGUCCUGCACCGAAGAAGAAAGCCAAGACCAAGAAGGCUCCUCCGCCUCAACCUCAAGCUGUUCAGACCCAAUCCCAGCCUCAUGUCCAACCUCAGCUAAAUGCCUCCAUGACUGUUCCUAACGCUGUCCCCACACAGGCCAACGGACAAGGGCAGAUGCCCGCUGUGGCCACAGUUGGAGGUGACCAGAUUGCCACUCCGCCUUUGAAGCGUCGUCGGGGACGGCCUAGGAAGGAGGAAGUUGCGGCUAGGCUUGCUGCGCAGGCCGCACAGGCUGCCCAAAACGGCGAGUCUAUGCCGGGAGUUCCUCAGCCAGGACAGGCUUCAUUCACUGCGAAUAUGACACCGACCGCUCCAGGCUCCACCGCACCGAAUAGCACAAUCAAGGGAACGCCUAUUCUGGGACCGGACGGCACUCCGCUGAAGCGAAAACGUGGACGUCCUCGUAAGGCUGAUCAAAUUGCAUGGGCAGCUGCAACGGGUCAACCUUUACCACCCCCUAAACCAAGGAAGCCAGCUUCAGCCAAACCAAAGGCACCUGGCACGGGCCGACCACGUGGGCGGCCUCGGAAGGCUGAUGUGGCUGCGGCGGCCGCAGCUGCAGCCGCUGCCGCGGCUAGUGGAGAUCAGACGCAAGCAGAGGUCAACUCUCAAUUGCGCGAGGGUGCAGAUACAACGACGAUACUGAACCGUGCAACCUCUUCAAUCGAUGAAGAGUCGCGCAAGCGGCACUGCCCGACACCAACGCAGAUGCUUCAAGGCCAGUCUCUGCCGCAACAGCAGAACCUCCAUAUGUUCCAACAGAAUCAGCCUUCACAGGCGCAGGCAAAUCAGCAUAUUGGGCAGCCGCAAGUCCAGCACAUGCACCAGCAACAGAACCAACACAUGUCUGCACAACCCGGUUCUCACUUGCCGCAUAGCCAAUCCCUGCCCCAGCAGCCUGGCCAGCCGCUCUCUAUGCCACACAUGCAAAUGCAUCAUCAUUCUCCUGUCCACCCUCCACGGCCUCUUCCUCAUCAGCCCUAUCUUCAAUCUCCGAUGCAACAACAUAUGCAACACCCGAUGUCUGAGUCCCCUGUCCACGGGAUACCAGGACAAUCACGCAGACCACCAAUUCCACAGCGGAGCCAAGCCCCUCCCCCGCCCGCACCACAGCAUGAACAUCAGCAUACCUUCCAGGUCCAGAUGCAACCGCAACCAACCUAG